AUGACUCGCCAAGACUUGACGCGAGUGGAAGUCUCUCUUCAUAAACACACCAAUGAUGCCUGGAUAAUUAUUAAUGGAGAUGUCUGGGACGUUACCGGCUUUGCCGAAACACAUCCCGGAGGUGAAGAUGUCGUUGAAGAGCACCACGGAAAAGACGCUUCCGAAGUCUACAAUUCCGUCCACGGCCCAAAACUGGCAAUGAGCUAUUUUGGAGAGACAAAACUUAUUGGAAGAGUCCCAGAAUUGUUCCGAGCUCAGGAUCAGCAGGCUUUGGAAAACCCCAAGCUCAUCAAAAGUCCUCCGCCGCUUGACUCCAUCAUAAACCUGCAAGACUUUGAAGAUGCUGCAAGAUCUUGUCUCAACGAACGAUCCUGGGUAUACGUUUCCGGUGCCUCAAAUGACUGCUACACAGCGUCCAAGAACGCCGAGAUAUAUCAGUCAGUCUUUCUGAGACCUCGAGUCUGUAGACCUAUUAGUCAGGUGGAUACAAGCACAACGGUAUUGGGUCACCGUUUCGACGUCCCUAUCUUCAACGCUCCCGCGUCCUUGGCUAUGCUGACGCACCCGUCCGCCGAGGUUGGGUUGGCAAAGGGACUGUCUGCGUCCGGAAGCACCAUCAUAAUGCCUACACUUGCCUCAUAUUCACUAGGCGAGGUUGUUGAGGCUCUGCCCCAGAACCAUCCUUUCUUUUUCCAACUGUACAUUCCCCGAGAUUCCCUAGCAUUGGCCAAGCUCUUGGAUGAGAUUCGUCGUGCUUUACCAAAGGCUGUCAUGGUAACUGUGGAUCUGCCGGUCUUUAGUAAACGAGAGGCCAACGAGCGUUACGAAAUGAGAAUGGCGAAAGAAAAGAGUGAGUCAAAGAACAAGAAACAGACCAAGCAGUCCCGCGCCGCCAGCGCAGCAAUCAACCCGGACGUCACAUGGGCCCAGAUCCAAACCAUCAAGGAAAAGUUGGGAAUACCCAUCUUUGUAAAGGGGAUACAGUGUGCUGAAGACGCCAUCAAAGCCUUGGAAAGCGGCUGCGAAGGAAUUUACAUAUCGAAUCACGGCGGGCGUGGUGUCGACACCUCGCAGCCAGCGCUCCUGACUCUGGCUGAGAUCAACAUGAAGUGUCCACAGCUCUUGCCCCGAAUGAGUGUUUUCAUCGAUGGGGGUAUUCGUCGAGGCACAGAUGUUUUCAAAGCCAUCUGUCUCGGUGCGCACGGUGUCUGUCUUGGCCGACCUUUCUUCUAUGCUCUGAUGUACGGAGAAGAUGGUGUACGGCAUCUGAUGAACAUCUUGCGAGAUGAGCUGGAAAACGCCAUGCAGCUGUGUGGAAUCCAACGUUUAAGUGAGGCUCACCCGGGAUUACUGAAUACCAAGGCCCUCGUGACCAUGGUUGAUACGGGCGAGCUGCUCAAAAUGGGGAGCAAACUGUAA